AUGCUCAUUGAGGCCCUAAUUAAAUGUUAUUACUUCAAGGUGGUCAAAGUUGUAGGUUUGGUGGUGGCUCUAUUCGCAUUGUUUCUGGUGGCUAUAGACUAUGAUACCAAGCACACUUGGGUGGCUGGAAACCUCUCGCUGUCUGUUCCUGCGAACGCAGUACUGGGAGGCGUCUCAACCAAGGGAUAUUACGUAUACGUAGGACGCGUUAAGUACGGUGGGGUCUUCCCCGUUCAUGUGGUAGCAGAGACCAGUUGGAUCACGUGGCACAAUGGAACCUAUGCUUAUCAAGGUACGAAAAGCUAUGAUAUCUUGGUGACGUCGAGGAACUCUUCCUUCGAGUGGAUAACCAGCCACGAUGGGAAAUAUGAAAGAGGUUUGGUAGCCGUUGGAACCUCGACCAUUGACGAGCUGGUUUUCGUUUGCCGUGCGAUCACGCCUGUUGGUCAGCUUCCGGGAACCCUGAUUCUCGGCUUAAAGGUCUGCUGCGUGUCAGGAAGCACAGCCAAGUAUGACAAAUACGAGGUUCUAGUGGCCCGAUGA